AUAAUAAUAUUUUGUCUUUUGUUUAGAUCAUAAACAGUCUUUGAGUUUUCAAAAAUAUGAGCACGCAGAAAGGGAAUUGUAACCGUUCGAGGCCUCAGAAGCACCAGAAUCGAACUGCUUUCAAGAAUGAUUUGCAUGACAAAUCUCACCAAACGAAAUUAAUAAACAGCAUUGAAGUUUCAAAUGUGUGCGACAGAUGUAAAAAGAUAAUAGAGUGGAAAAUUAAAUACAAGAAGUACAAAGCACUAAAAACACCUUCAAAGUGCAUAAAAUGUGAAGAAAAAACAAUUAAGAAUGCUUAUCAUAACAUAUGCUUGCCUUGUGCAGCACAAUAUGAGAUUUGUUCGAAAUGUAGUGACAAGAUUGAUAUCACCAAAGAGGAAUCAUGAGAACUUGCAGCAAAAGAGUCAACGACACCAAACGAGAUAUAAACAGUCGUAUAGCAAUCUGAAAAAAA